ACAAAACCUUCUAAAUAUUGUGUGCAGUACGGCUCAACCAACUAAUGUUACAGCCAGAGAUGGAUGUAUUAAUUGCUUUGCUAGGGUCACUUCUAUGCCCGAGGGUCCACAAGAAUUGAAUGCCUUAAGCGUUUGUGCUGUGCAAUACUUUACAAACACAUCCUACGCUACCUGCGCAUCAGCGAUUAUGGCCUUAUCAACAUCGUCACUAAAUAUUCAAUCAUCAGGGUGUUACAUGGGUUAUUGUGAUUUCGUACGAUGCUUGCGGCGCAUUAAUUCCAUAAACUUAAUAACUCAAUGUACGAGGGAAGCUCGGACUGGAGUAAAUAUUACGCUGGACGCAGACAAUGUGAGAUUCUUUACAAAUGUAACAUCAUGUAUAUUAGCCAAGGCCAGAUGUGGAACAUUUAAUCCUAUAACUGGAGAACCACAAACUCCAGGCUACACUUCUACCGGGCAUAGAGUUACCAAUGCUUUGCAGUUCUCAGAAUCUGGAGAACUUCGAAUUUUAGCGUUUUCCGCAACUACACCUGUAUCGUCUUCUUUUUGUACGCAGUCAACAAACCUUACACAGACUAACUGGCUUAAUAAUAUUUGCUAA